CCACACCCCCAUGUGGUCCUCACUCCCCAUGUGCAAGCCAGUCAGUCCUCCUUCAUCGAUUCUCUCUCUUUCUCUCUCUCUGCAUCCUCAUUUCCUCCUACUCAAAGAUUCCAACUUUCUUUCAGCUAAAUGUAUUAUCUCCCCAUUUCUCUACAAUCUUAUGAUCAUACCUAAAGAAUCAAGUUCUUGACACUUCAAACCUUUCUUCAAACAUUUUGCACAAAACCCAACUCCUAAAGCUAUCUCUCUCUCUCUCUCUCUCUCUCUGUGAAAGUUUUUCAAGAUGAAGAAGAAAACCCAUGCUGGGUUCAAGCUUUUGACCAUUUUGCUUGCUGGCCUUUCAUCAGUCUUGCUGGGUGCUAACUCCCAACCGAGUUCAAGCAACGAUGCUGCAGUGAUGCUGGCUCUGAAGAAAACCCUCAAACCAUCUGAAUCUCUCGGAUGGUCCGACCCGGACCCCUGCCAAUGGACCCAUGUGGGCUGCUCAGACGACAAGAGGGUGACCCGGAUCCAACUGGGUCACCUUAAUAUAGAAGGUACGCUUCCUCCUAGCCUCCAAAAUCUCACUGAACUCGAGCGUUUAGAGCUUCAAUGGAACAAAAUUUCAGGUCCUCUGCCGAGCCUUAGUGGGUUAAGUUCACUGCAAGUUUUACUGAUCAGUAACAAUUUGUUUACUUCAAUUCCUAGUGAUUUUUUUACUGGUAUGACUUCCCUUCAAUCUGUUGAGAUUGAUAACAACCCUUUUAUGAGUUGGGAAAUUCCUGAAACUCUCAAGAACGCAUCUUCGCUUCAAAACUUUUCGGCCAAUUCGGCCAACAUUACUGGGAAAAUACCCAAUUUUUUCGAUGGAGAUGCGUUUCCGAGUCUGGUUAACUUGCACCUGGCCUUCAAUGGCCUCGAAGGCGACCUGCCCACGAGCUUUUCUGGGUUGCAGAUUCAGUCUCUGUGGCUUAAUGGGCAAGAAAGUGUAGGUAAGCUUGGUGGAAGCAUUGCUGUUUUACAGAACAUGACUCUGUUGAAAGAGGUUUGGUUGCAUUCGAAUGCGUUUUCAGGUCCAUUACCGGACUUUUCAGGUUUGACAGACUUGCGGAGGUUGAGUUUGAGAGAUAAUAUGUUUACUGGUCCUGUUCCAGUGUCGUUGGUGAGCCUUAAGUCACUAGAGGCUGUGAACUUGACAAACAAUUUGCUUCAAGGACCAAUGCCGGCUUUUGUUUCAGGGGUUGCAGUAGAUUUGGUUAAGGGUUCUAAUAACUUUUGCUUGCCGAGUCCUGGUCAAUGUGAUCCUCGAGUGAAUACUUUGCUUUCGAUUGCAAGUUCAGUGGGUUACCCCCAAAAGUUUGCAGAGAAUUAAGGGAAUGAUCCAUGUGCAGAUUGGAUUGGGGUUACUUGUAGUAAUGGGAACAUUACUGUCCUCAAUUUUCAGAAAAUGGGUCUUAAUGGAACGAUUUCUUCCGAAAUCGUGUCAUUGAAGUCCCUGCAAAGGGUAGUUCUUGCUGAUAACAAUUUAACUGGAAGGAUUCCAGCCGAGCUUGUCACGCUACCUGCACUCACCGUACUUGAUGUGUCAAACAAUAAUCUCUAUGGGAAACCCCCAGCUUUUAAGGAUAAGGUGCUUGUAAAAAUGUUUGGUAACCCUGAUAUAGGGAACGAAAAGAGUACUUCAGCGGGAGGUGCACCAUCUCAAAAUUCCACCAACCUUUCUACAAGCAUACGUUCCGGAAACAGUGCUAGACCUCAUGGAAAGAAAUCUUCAAGUCUAAUAGGAGUCAUUGUGUUCUCUGUAAUUGGGGGUGUAUUUGUGAUUUUAUUAAUCGCACUGUUGCUUAUCUGUGUAUAUAGAACAAAACAAAAGCAGUUGAGCAGAGUUCAGAGCCCGAAUGCAAUGGUAGUUCAUCCCCGCCACUCUGGAUCUGAUAAUGAGAGCAUGAAGAUAACAGUUGCAGGCUCCAGUGUUAGUGUUGGUGCACUGAGUGAAGCUCAUACUCUUCCUAGCAGUGAGUCCAAUGAAAUCCAAAUGGUUGAAGCAGGAAACAUGGUGAUUUCUAUUCAAGUGCUCCGGAAUGUGACAAACAAUUUCAGUGAAGAAAAUAUAUUGGGACAAGGAGGUUUUGGGACAGUGUAUAAAGGGGAACUGCACGAUGGAACAAAGAUUGCUGUUAAGAGAAUGGAGGCUGGGGUAAUAGUAGGAAAGGGGCUUUCUGAAUUUAAGUCUGAGAUUUCUGUUUUGACAAAGGUUCGUCACAGGCAUCUUGUAGCUCUUCUGGGGUAUUGUUUAGAUGGAAAUGAAAGGCUUCUUGUAUAUGAGUAUAUGCCUCAAGGAACGCUCAGCAGGCACCUCUUCAACUGGCCGGAAGAAGGACUGAAACCACUGGAAUGGACAAGAAGGCUGACAAUUGCCUUAGAUGUAGCAAGGGGUGUUGAGUAUCUCCAUGGUUUGGCCCAUCAGAGUUUUAUACAUAGGGACUUAAAGCCUUCAAAUAUUCUUCUUGGUGAUGAUAUGAGAGCUAAGGUUGCAGAUUUCGGCCUUGUGCGGCUUGCUCCAGAGGGCAAAGGUUCAAUUGAAACAAGGAUUGCAGGGACUUUUGGAUACUUGGCACCAGAAUAUGCAGUUACUGGCCGUGUGACAACUAAAGUAGAUGUGUUCAGUUUUGGAGUGAUUUUGAUGGAGCUGAUCACCGGGAGAAGGGCACUUGACGACAGCCAGCCUGAGGAGAGCAUGCACUUAGUGACAUGGUUCCGGAGAAUGGUCAUUAACAAGGACUCAUUCCGCAAGGCAAUUGAUCCCACAAUUGAUCUCAACGAGGAAACACUUGCCAGUGUCAGCACUGUCGCUGAGUUAGCAGGUCACUGCUGUGCCAGAGAGCCGUAUCAGAGGCCUGACAUGGGCCACACCGUGAAUGUCCUAUCUUCUCUGGUGGAGCUUUGGAAGCCAAGCGAUCAAAGUUCUGAAGACAUAUAUGGUAUAGACCUUGAAAUGUCGUUGCCGCAAGCACUUAAGAAGUGGCAGGCAUAUGAAGGUAGAAGCAAUUCGGAAUCCUCUUCUUCAUCGCUUCUUCCCAGCUUGGAUAACACUCAGACGAGCAUCCCUACACGCCCGUAUGGAUUUGCCGAGUCUUUCACAUCUGCAGAUGGGAGAUAAUUAGUAGGUGUACAUGAUUGUAAUGGUGGGUUUGGUAUGUUCGUUCUGGUUGAUUCCUAUCUUGCGGGUUUCUGUGUACAAUUUGUUCAAACUUUCAUGUUUUAGCCUUACCCCCUCGCUCGGAUGUUAUCAGAUAUUUUCAGUUGUGUUAGAGGUUUUUGAAUGAAAUGAGAAGAAGUCCUUCACUCUCAA